GGAGAAACAUGUUUGGUUGAGUGAGGAAUGAGUGAGGGGCUAUCGUUCCGGCGAAUCAUAGGUGGAAAUUGUCCCUACGCACGUUUUUAAAUUGAACGACGUUUUCCUAACAGGUACCUGAAUGACCGUUCAACCUUAUUUCACCUUGCUGUUGGGCCGUUCUCCGUCUGGUGGUGGUUUCUGUGGCCUCUUGCUGCUGCUGUUGAGAUGACUGCCUGAUGGAAGACCAACAAUGCCUGCUAAGUCAACAAACCAUACACAAGCCAUCAUGUCCUCGAUCCUUCCAUUCACUCCUCCUGUUGUGAAACGCCUCCUGGGAUGGAAGAAGACUCCAACAGGGAGUGCAGGAGCAGGAGGAGGCAUCGGAGGUGUCGGGGAGCAGAAUGGAGGAGGGCAAGAAGAGAAAUGGUGUGAAAAGGCAGUGAAAAGUCUGGUGAAGAAGCUUAAGAAGACCGGUCAGCUGGAUGAGCUGGAGAAAGCCAUCAGCACACAGAACAGCAACACCAAGUGUGUGACGAUACCCAGCAAUUGCUCAGACCUUUGGGGUCUAGGCUCAGGCCAUACGAUAGAGCAGUGGGACUCUGCUGGCAUGUACGGAUACCCUGACCACAGCAGGUCACUCGAUGGACGUCUUCAGGUGUCCCACCGAAAGGGGCUUCCUCAUGUCAUUUACUGCCGAUUGUGGCGAUGGCCGGAUCUUCACAGCCACCAUGAGCUCAGGGCCAUUGAUGCAUGCCAGUUUGCAUUCAACCUCAAGAAGGAUGAAGUGUGUGUCAACCCCUACCACUACCAGAGAGUUGAGACGCCUGUGCUGCCUCCAGUGUUGGUGCCACGCCACACAGAGGUUCUGGCAGAGCUUCCACCUCUAGAUGACUUUACAAACUCUAUCCCUGAAAACACCAACUUCCCUGCAGGCAUAGAUCCACCUAAUAACUAUAUACCAGACACUCCUCCUCCCGGCUACAUGAGUGAAGAUGGGGAGACCAGCGACCCACAAAUGAAUCAAAGUAUGGAAUCAGGUUCUCCUGCUGAGAUGUCCCCGAGCGCCCUGUCACCCACCAGCCAUGGCCUUGACCUGCAGCCCGUCACCUACAGCGAACCGGCUUUCUGGUGUUCCAUAGCCUAUUAUGAGCUGAACCAGCGGGUGGGAGAGACGUUUCAUGCCUCCCAGCCGUCUCUGACCGUUGACGGCUUCACCGACCCGUCCAACUCAGAACGCUUCUGUUUAGGGCUGCUCAGCAACGUCAACAGAAACGCAACUGUCGAAAUGACAAGAAGACAUAUAGGUCGUGGCGUCAGGUUGUAUUACAUCGGAGGGGAAGUCUUCGCCGAGUGCCUCAGCGACAGUGCCAUCUUUGUUCAGAGCCCCAACUGCAACCAGCGAUACGGCUGGCACCCAGCCACCGUCUGCAAGAUACCACCAGGCUGUAAUCUGAAGAUUUUUAACAACCAGGAGUUUGCUGCUUUGCUGGCCCAGUCGGUGAAUCAGGGGUUCGAGGCGGUGUAUCAGCUCACCAGAAUGUGCACAAUCAGAAUGAGCUUCGUCAAGGGCUGGGGAGCAGAGUACCGACGCCAGACUGUCACCAGUACCCCAUGCUGGAUUGAGCUGCACCUCAACGGCCCCCUCCAGUGGCUGGAUAAAGUGCUGACCCAAAUGGGUUCUCCUACAGUGCGCUGCACCAGCAUGUCCUAGGCUAGAGUUGGACUCAAAGUCAGGCUGACAUUUCUCAGCAUUCCAAUGGUUUGUUCUAAAGGAGACCACCAUGCAGUCUUAAUCAAAAUAUUUACUACAUUCUAAAAACAAGAGGAAAGAAAACGGACCUCAUCAGAGAUGAGGGGAGUAGAAUCAGUGGAGUUGAAAACCCGCCGGUUCUGUUUGUUCAACAUCGGGCUGAACUUUUAGUUCUCAUCAGCAGAAUAAUUGAUUAUUCAUAUCAGAAGAAUGAUGUAAUAAUGGACCAGGCCACAUCUGGACUUUUCUCAAGAACCUGCAGCAUCCUCAGGAACACCACAGUACUUUUGGGGAUCCACCUUGUAAUUAUAGAAACCGACUGUCCAUCCAGCAGUUCAGCUCGACUCUUCACUACAUACCAACACAGCACAGCUCUGGUUUGGUUUACAUGAGGUCGACUGACUACUGCCACUCCAGCUUUAUGUUGAACCAAAGUCUACGUUCCACCUGGGCACAAAGUUCUUCUGUUUUACUGAUUAGAGACCACCACGGUCUUCAGCUAUAAUAAACCCAAAUAGUCAUUGUUGUAAUGGUUACAGAUACACAAUUACACAUUUGAUCAAAUACUUUCCCUGGCGAUGCUGGUUCUUCAGUCCUGUUUCUGUUGUGCAUCACAGUAGAAGAAAACUCCAAUUUCUUUUACUCUGUUUAAAACCUGACUCAUCAGCACAAACUGAUGGAUAAAUUGUGAAAUUUUAAUGUUAAGCUGGAGCAUGCCAAAUGCGCCUCCUCAGAGCCAGCCACUUUCAGCCUCGCCGCCUCUCGUCUGGUAGAUGAUGGAAUAUUUAUCUCAGAUUUUUCCCGUUUGCCCAAGAUGCACAAGAACCUCAAACUGAUGCAGUUUUCCAAUUAUUGAAAUUUCUCUAGAAGAAGUCCUACAGUGUGGGACUUUAAUUAUAAAAGUUCCUAUAAAAUACUUGCACUGUCCUGAAUAUGCACCUCUAAGAAAGUUGCCUUCAAGAACAAUAUGAAUUAUGAAGAUGGGAAUGUGGACCCCCCCCCCCCCCCCAAUUCACUGUAAACCUUUAUCAUCUCAGUCAACUCAUUAAGUUGUUUUGUUUUGGUCUUACUGAGACUUGCGAUCUAACACCAGCUGGUUUUUUUUAAUAUAAAACUUCAAGUUUUAAGUGCUCAACAAGCAGGUUUUACUACAUUUAUUUUCUUUACUAAAAAGUUUUAGUUACAUUUUUGUAUUUUUUUUUUUUACUAUAAAUGUAUUUAAAUCUUCAAGUUUUUUUCUUUUAUUUAGAUAUCAGUAUUGCUUGUUCAUCUGAUAGAAAUGAUUUAUACGUAGCGUAGUCAUGAACUGUUUCCUAGAGUCCACCCCUGGAAACAUCUAGAGCUGUACAGGCUAUGACUGAAGAGCUGGAAUAACUUCUAAACACAGUCUGACUUCUUAAAUUAUAGAGGCAACGAGGACAUUUUCAUUGGUAUGUUUAAAGAAAAUCAAAACAGAAAACAGAGCGAGAGAGAGAGAGAGAGAGAGAGAACACAGAGAUGUGACCAAAGAUAAAGCAUGUUAUUAUUUUUUUUUGCUUAAAUGAAGGACUGCACACUGUAUUAGUUUCCCUUCGCAGUUUUAGGUGACUGAUUUGUUUUUAUCUAUGCUUAGGUGAGAACAUAGCAGCUCAGCAAUACUGUGAUGUUUGUGUUCCAACAGUUGGUUAAAGUAAUCAAAGCGUACCCUGACACUGGAGGGUUGGUUUGAGUUCAGUUUUACUUCAUACAUACACAUGUCUUUAUACUCGUUUGCAGUAGAAAAGCUGUUACCAGUUCGGAACUACAGCUGUUUUUAAUCAUUGUACACUGUAAACUUAUUGUGAGUUGUUUACAUGCACACUUUCUUUUCUGUGAAAUAUUUCAUUCAGUGAAAGUACAAACAAAAGAUCUUUAGAACAUUUUUGGCGCAGUAUUUCGUGUCUCAACUGUAGUUUCACUUUUUAAAACUAAACCUAAUUGUCUCUGCGCAUGUAAACCGAUUCACCUUUACUCUUUUGUUAAUUGCAAAGACAAUGUACAUUAAAUAUGUCUGCAAACGCCCACGUGAUGUAAACAUCACCUGUUGCUGCAGUGAUGUUUACAUGGAAGCCCAUUCCUGUGAAAAGAAGGGUCCACAAUCUCUAGGUUGUGCGGUUUGAUGACAUUUUCCUGUUUGGGAUGAAAACAAUUAACUUUUGUUUGAUCCGGGUUGAUUAUCAGUAGUGUACUUCUCUUAAAAACUGGAUGAAGUGACUUCUGACCUGAAAGCAUUCCAUUACUGAUGUUUUCCUCUUUUCUUGUGUUCAGCCGUUGUUUUUGUUGAGCUGAAGCAUGUUUGUCUUUUGUAAGGUUGUCGACGGCCAUCAUGUUUGUUCUAUGCAUUGACAUCAAAUAAUUUAAAUUGCAUUAACAUAGUCUUUGCUCACUGCUAAACUAUUUUGUGCACAUUGCCAGGAUUGCGUUUUAUUUUUCUUCAAAAUAAGAGCUUCCUUAGAUUCUAGUACAAUAAAGCCAAUAUCCCCUCCAAAUGAUGUUUUUGUGAAGGACGCUUUCUGAAAUCCACAUUCCUGCAGACCAUGCUGUGUUUCUUCUUAUUGUGAUGACAAUUAUGCAUUCUAAAAUGAAAAAAAAAAACCCUUUCUGAUGAAGCACCAUGAAAGAGGCUUUUUGGAGAAAGUGAAGUUCCUUACAUGUCACUUGUGAUGAUGUUAUGUAGUUAUACUUUUUAUUUCCUGCAUACAUGUUCUUUCUGCUGUGGACAGAGCAUUUUCACUAGAACACAGCUUGUUGGGAUCUAUGUAUCCUUCCAACACUGAUCUUCAUGAGAUCUCCUACAUUUGCGGCCUCUUACAGUGUACACUAAUAAAGCUGUUUUACUUCA